CCCGCCAUGGCGCUGCCGCUGCCCGCGACGCUGCCGCAGCCCCGCGAGCCGUCCCCGCGCAGCCGGCAGCGGAUGGAGGAAUCCACCCCGCGGGGGGCGGCCGAGCCGCGGCGCAGCCCGGAGCGGGGCCCGGGGCGGGCGGAGCGGCAGCUGCGGGUGCUGCUGACCCCGCUGGCCGUGGCGGGCCGGCGCCUGCCCCAGAAGCGGCUGCUGGGCGCGUACGGCGGCGCCGAGAGCCGGGCGCCGGCCGGCAAGAGGCUCCGCAUGGAGCCCCCGCUCGGCAACGGGCUGGCGGGCGGCGGGGAGAAGGACGGCGGCGGGGACGCGGACGGCGGCUGGGAGGACGGCAGCGACGGCAGCGACGGCGAGGACGCAGCCCCGGAUGGACACUCUCAGUUAUCAGCUUAUGAAAGGAAAAGGCUAAAGAACAUCACAGAAAAUGCUAAAUUCUUCGCUGCUUUGAAGCUGCACGAGUCAGCUGCAAGACUUCAACAAAUUGCAACUAAGAGACAGUCUCACGUCACCAAAAGACCUAAGCCCAAGAAGGCAGCAGAUGAGCCAGUGCGGCGGCGAUCGAUGCGCCUGCAGAGAGUGGAGCCACCAGCAACCCCCGUGCCAGAGGCUCCUGCCCAGCCAGAGGCAGAGGAAUACCCUCAGGUUCCAGCUGGGCCUUUGCCAAUGGUUCCAGAAGAGGAGAUGGGGAACAGCACAUUGACAGAAGACAUCCUGGCUACGUGGAUGAGGAUUAGUGAGAUGAAAACAAGUGACACUGAAAAGCCCACACGUGACCUGAGCAGGUACCAAGCCAGCCUAAACAGCAUGGUCCUCAGGGAAGAGAACAUUAAAAAGGUGGUGAAGUAUCGAGUGUGCUCUAUGGCCAUCCAUCCCUCUGAAAGCAUCAUCUUCGUGGCAGCUGGAGACAAGACCGGGCAGAUCGGUCUCUGGAAUAUGAGCUGCGGGGCAGCGCAGACCUUCGUGCCACACAGCGAGGGAGUCAGCUGCAUGCACUUCUCCCCAGCCAACCCUGCUCACCUGCUGUCCCUCAGCAGCGAGUCCCUGCGCUGUGGGGACGUCACCAGGGCCGUGUUUGAUGAGCUAUGCAGAAGUGAAGACAGCUUAUCUUCCUUUGACUUCCUGGAAGAUAAUGCCUGCACAGCAGUGGUGGGGCACUGGGCUGGUGCUGUGGCCAUCGUGGACAGACGGACCCCGGGAACGGUGCCGGAGCUCUCCGCAGACAUCGGCUUCAAAAGGACCAGGACAGUCCACGUCCACCCAGUGAAGAAACAGUAUUUCAUUGCUGCUGGCUCUGUGGACGUCCGUGUGUACGACGUUCGGUUCCUGAGGCUGGCCGGGAACAGCGCGGUCAGCGCCCUGCCGGGGCACGGCAAGAGCGUCGCCUCCGCCUACUUCUCACCAGCCACCGGGCACCGGGCGGUGACGGUGUGUGCCGACGACAUGCUGAGGGUCUACGACACCACGUCCCUCUCGGCUCCCGCCUCCCUCCUCUGCAGCCGCAGGCACAACAACAACACAGGGCGCUGGCUGACCAGGUUCAGAGCCAUCUGGGACCCUAAGGAGGAAGACUGCUUUGUGGUGGGCAGCAUGGCACAGCCCAGACAGAUUGAAGUCUUCCAGGACACGGGGAAGCUGUUGCACUCCUUCUGUAACCCCAGCUGCCUGGCCUCAGUCUGCUCCAUUAACGUGGUGCACCCCAGCAGGAAUGUCUUGGUGGGUGCCAACUCCAGCGGCCGCCUUCACGUCUUCAAAGACUGAAGAGGAGCGUCUCAGAGGCAUUUUGCAUUGUUUGUUUAAUCCAGAUGAAGCUGCUCCUCAGCUCACUCUGGUUUUCUCAGGACAAAAGUGGGUUUUUUUGGUUAAAGUUCUAAAAUAAAUUGUCUAAGCUA